AUGCGAUUCUGGGCUGGCCCUGCGGCGUCCCUCUUCAUUGCUUUCGUCCUCUUGUCGUCGGCGGAAGGCCGGAAAGGCGGUCGCGCCAACGAUGACGACAACGAAUACGCAGUCGGCGCGCACGAUUAUGGGUCCGAGUACGACGACAGCGAGGCGUACGGUGACGACGACGCGUACACCAGGGGCCCUCAGUACAACUCGCCGAAAUGCGAGUGGCUUUGCAAGGGCCCGGGCGAAUUCCAGACGCCCCUGCCGCGGUGGCCUCCUGGCGAGCUGAACCGGGCGCACGACUGGGGGAUUGUCCUCUUGAAUCAGAUCCACGAUAACUUGGACAGAUUGUCCCCACCUGGAGUUGCGCGCAUCCUCGGCGUGUUCAGUUCCUGCUUGCAUGAUGUGCUGGCCUAUGACGAGGCCUAUGGCGUGGCUGCCGUGUACGCCCGGCAGACGCCAUUCAGUGGAGGACUGGAUAUAAAUCGCGUAAUAGACGGCGCCGCAUUUGCGGCCAUCCGUUACGCGUUCGAAAACGAUGCUUCCUUCGAGGGAGCGCUGGCCUUCCUCGACAGUGUAUCUCUACCGCCCUUCGGCCCCGGCGGCAGCCAUGCGUCAUUCACCUUCGGCGCACACAUUUGCGAAGAAGUGGUUCAGGCAUUUACGGCUGAUGGCUUCAAGGUCGAUGGAGACCCUCUGACAGGCAUCACUGACUGCGCGGCAGAAAUUAAUUCGCUAGAUUUCUGGCAGCCCCUGUGCGUCCCCACGUUUUACGGAUCACAGGAAUGCGAG